AUGUUAAGAAUCACGAACGUCGAUCACAAACCAAUACGACUUCCGCCAGUUUAUGGAUUUCACUCACAUCCACUUCUUCCACUUGGCCAAGCGCUCGAGCCUAUCUUAGACAAAAUUGAUUGUUUGAAUGAAUUCAUUCGCAUUGCGAGGGCUGAGUGCCAUUUUCCUUCGGAACAUGGCCUUACACGCGAAGAAUCAGCGGCUAUUUAUAUAUAUACAAUGGAAUGGGGCGAGCUCAGUCUUUACAAUCUACUCAACACAGCACUGCGUAUCAAAGAUCGAUCUACACUACGACCAUGGUACGGGUAUCUUAAACUAUUCUAUACUGCUCUUAAAAAGUUACCCGAUGAAAAGAGCAAUCUAUGGCGCGGGGUAAACCUGGAUAUCAGCGAGAACUUUAAAGAUGGCGAAAUAAUAACUUGGUGGACUGUGAGUUCGUGUUCAUCAAGUGUAGACGUGGUUAGUCAAUUUCUCGGAGGAGAAGCUGCGACACUGUUGAUGAUCGAAGCAAAGAAAGGAAAAAGCAUCGUUGCGUACAGUAGUUUCGCAGAUGAAAAAGAAGUCAUUCUUACAUUAGGUACUCGACUUCGUGUGAAAAGCAAUGCUUUGAAACAUUUGUUGUUGAACGUUGUUCAUCUGGAAGAAGUCACCACUGAUAUGGAAGAAGAGAGUGCAGUAUCACGUGUAAUUUCGAACGAAGACAUGCUGGCAAAAGUCAUGGAUGAUAAGCAAUGCUCGAAUAUAAAACUACCCGAUGCAGAAACAUCUCUUGACGCUGAAUUGAGCACAUACAAAGUUGAAAACUAUCCAAACGGUGAUCGUUAUGAAGUAAUUGUUUAA